UCGAAUGAUUCGAAUCCUUCAUGCGUGUUUGUUUUGAAAACAGAGAAAUCAUUUUGAAAUUUUUUAAAACCAUUUUAUUAAUGAAAAAUGAAAAAUUUCCGAAUCAAUCAAUUGGGAAUACAAAUGAUUCCAGAAUUUUUACAUCGAAAAUUAUUUGCUAAAAAAUUCCCUGUACAAAUAAAUGAUAAUCGAAGAAAUGUGAUAAUUGAUCAAUUGAAAAAAUCUAUUCAAAAUAUUGAAUUUAAAAUCGACAAUAUUUCCACUGCAUCGUCGUCUAUUGAAACCAGAAAUCCUUGGAAAGAAUUGAUCCGAUAUCUUCCUGAGUUAAUCGACAACGAUGUUCUAACACAUAUGAAUAAUUUAGGUCAACAUUAUAGUAGACCAUAUUUGAAAAAUAUUGAAAAAUUAUUACAAAUACCGGAUAAUUUACUAGAAAAUCGACCGAAAAAAUGGCUAUUCAAUCAAGGUUGGACACGUUAUGAAUUAAUUGAUAACGACAAUCGAUACAAAUCUGAACCAGUUGAAUAUCCAUUAGAAGAUUCAUUAGUAUUCGAUGUUGAAGUAAGUUUAGAUAAAAAUAAUUAUAAUCGUCCAACGCUGGCUGUAGCACUAUCACCCAAUGCAUGGUAUUCAUGGUGUAGUGAUGCAUUAAUCAGCCAAAGUCAUCAAGAUCAAAUUAAUGAUGAUUUCAAUCUUAGUAAUCGUCAAGUUACUAUGGAUGAUUUGAUUCCGAUGGGUCAAUUCAAAAAUCAAGAACGAUUAAUCGUUGGUCAUAAUGUUAGUUUUGAUCGUUCUUAUAUUCGUGAGCAAUAUCAAAUCGAUUUAGAUCAAACAAGAUUUUUGGAUACAAUGAGUUUACAUAUUUGUGUUUCAGGUUUAAAUCAAGAACAAAAAAUGUUUACCAUUCGUAAUGGUGGUGAUAAUCCAUGGCAAGCCAUUUCAUCGUUGAAUAAUUUGAAUGAUGUUUAUAAAUUGUAUUGUCAAUCCAAAUCGGGCGUUUCAAAAGAUCCACGUAAUGUUUUCAUUAAAGGAACCAUGGCAGAUGUUUUCGAAAAUUUUUCCCAUCUCACUGAUUAUUGUGCUAAUGAUGUUUCGGUUACAUUACAGAUAUUGAAAUCAUUAUUUCCACAAUUUCAGCAAAGAUUUCCAUCACCUAUAACAUUAGCCGGAAUGUUAGAAAUGUCUGUGAUGUAUUUACCUGUCAAUCAACAUACAUGGAAACGUUAUCUAGAUGAAUCACAAUCAAUCUAUAAUCAAUAUAAAAAUGAAAUUAAUGAAACAUUAAAAGAAAUUGCAUGUGAAUCUUGUCAAUCAUUAUCGAAUGAUCAAUAUCGAAAAGAUCCAUGGUUAUGGGAUCUUAAUUGGACCACACGUAACAUUGGUUAUAAAAAAGCAAUGAAAGAGAUUCAAUAUGAUGAUACAAAAUUUAAAGAUGAUACAAAUUCAUUCAUAAAAGAAUUAAUCGAAACGAAAAAAUAUUUGAAAAAAAUGCAACCAAUUUUACCAGGAUAUCCACAAUGGUUUGUUGAAUUAUGUGAAAAUAGCCGAUAUCUUAAUAAAAUUGAUCAAUUAGAUUUUAAUAAUAUUUUCGAUUUUGAUCAAUUCAAUAUUACCACUAAAUUACGCACCAUACCGAAAAUUCUUAAGCUAAUGUGGAUGGAUUAUCCAUUAUAUUUUGAUCAAACAUAUGGCUGGGGCUAUCUUGUUCCAUUAUAUGAUCAACAAGAAGAUUCGAUCAAUUUUCCGCCAUUUGAAACAAUGAAAAAAUUUUUGGGUAAUAACAAUCAUUUGGAAAAUUUAGAUAUGGAAAAAUGUAUUAAAGAAGUUCAAAUACCUGGUUGUUUAUUUUUUAAACUACCACAUAAAGAUGGACCAAAUAAACGUGUUGGAAAUCCAUUAUCGAAAGAUUUUAUUAAAAAAAUUUCCGAUGGUACAUUAAAAUCUGCAAUGAAUAAUGUAAGCAAUGAUUUGGUGGCACAUCAAAAUAAAAUUUCUUAUUGGGUAAAUUCAUCCAAGCGAAUUCUUUCACAAUUAGUCAUACCAUAUGACCCAAAUAAUGGUGAUGGUUCUAUUCUGCCAAGAGUGGUUGUUUGUGGUACCGUUACAAGAAGAGCUGUAGAACCAACAUGGCUUACAGCAAGUAAUUCCUAUCCAGAACGUUUAGGAAGUGAAUUGAAAGGAAUUAUUCAAUGUCCAACAGGCUACUCAUAUGUUGGUGCUGAUGUUGAUUCACAAGAAUUAUGGAUUGCAUCGUUACUUGGUGAUUCAAAUUAUUGUGGUAUACAAGGUUCAACCGGUUUAAGUUGGAUGACAUUGAAAGGUGAACGUAGUCGAUCAACAGAUAUGCAUAGUGUUACUGCUGCUACCAUCAAUAUCCGUCGUGAUGAGGCAAAAGUUUUGAAUUAUGCACGUAUUUAUGGUUCAGGAAUGGAAUUCGCUGCAAGAUUUUUAAAACAAUCAAAUCCAGCGCUUUCCGAACAAGAAGCUAAAAUGAAAGCGAAAAAAAUUUUUCAUCAAACUAAAGGUCAAAGAAAAAAAACUUUUAUACAAGCCAAUGACGGUGAUAAUGUUCAAUGGAUUCGUGAAUGGUAUGGUGGUACUGAAUCAUCAAUGUUCAAUAAAUUGGAAAAAAUUGCCACAUCACAGGAACCGGCAACACCAUUUUUACAAUGUCGAAUUAGUCGUGCAUUAGAACCGAUGGCAGUUGGUCAUGAUUAUAUGACUAGUCGUGUUAAUUGGGCUGUACAAAGUUCAGCAGUAGAUUUUCUUCAUAUCAUAUUGAUCGCAAUGAAAUGGUUAAUGCAAUCAUUUCAAAUUCAUGGCCGAUUUUCCAUUAGUAUUCAUGAUGAAAUUCGUUACAUAAUCAAUGACGAACAUAGAUUUCGUGCAGCAUUAGCACUACAAUUUGCUAAUCUUUUAACACGAUCAUAUUUUACAUCCACAUUGAAUCUAAAUGAUUUACCUGAGUCGGUGGCAUUUUUUUCAUCCAUCGAGAUUGAUAAAUGUCUGCGUAAAGAUUCAAAAGAUGAUUGUAAAACACCAUCAAAUUCAUUGGGUCUAUCAAAAGGAUAUGGAAUUGCUUCAGGAAUAUCUAUUAAUGUUUAUGAACUAUUAGAUUUACUUCAAAAUGAUCAAUCAUUCAAUCGAAUGUUCGAUGAUGAUGAUAGUAAUGAUGAUCAACGUAUCAAAAGUGAAGAAAAAAUAGUCAAUUAACAAAAAUGUAAUGAUUAUCCAUUAUGAAUAUCUG